GAAUACUUAAGGUGAUGGGCCUGAGAAACAACCUCGUUGUACCAUCCGAUCUGUACAGAAACAUACGCCAACCUGAGGACUUGCGAAGGCUAGCUAGGUUAACUUAACUAUGUGCUUUCUAAUGUUUCUAGCCUCAUACAGAUACGGUUUCCGAGCAAUUCUACGUACAAAUAUUUUAGACAUUUUCUCAAAUCGCUGUUAAAGACCGUGAAGGGUCAAAAGGAACCGGAAUGAGAUGUAGGUUAUAAACACACUUCAUAUAAAUGAGGUUAGAUUUUUAACAGCAUACAAAUUUUUCAAGGACUAAUAAGAUCCUCAUCACCGGGAGAAAUGGAUGUCAAUUCAGUCAAGCUGUUAUUAAUACCAGAUUAAUCUUCAGAUCAAAGACUACCUUGAAAGGAUAAACUUCAAACCCAAUUGCUUGCUGCUUUAUAUUGCGAUCUGCCAAAAUGAACUGGGAUAAUCAGUUGAGCUCAGUUAUGACGGCAACUGAUGGCAGUGUUGCAAAAAUACGGGAACACUUAAUUAUUAAUGGAAGACUUUCCAGAGGAAAAGAAGAUGUGCAUCCGGUGAGAGAGAUUAGUCACGCUGUGGGUUUGGACCUUGCUGCACCGCCUCCUCUCUCCCCGGCCUUUCUUGCUUGCAGCUCUGCUGUGCAGUGGGGAGACCUGGCAGUCAUACAGGCUCAGCUCCACAGUCAGAGACAGGCAAUUGAAUCACUAACACAGAACUUGCGGUCAGUAGAGAGGGAAAGAAAUGCCCAACAGAGGCAAAUACGCACAUUACAAGAGGAGGUGAGGAGGCUUUGGAAGAGGCUGGAGGAGCCGCAGCAGACAGCAGAGAGGGACCCUGGAGCACUGGGGUGGCUGGAGCAGCUGAAGACGGAAGUGGGACAAGAACUGAGCAGCCUCAGAGGUCAUAUUAACAGGGCAGCGUCGCUAGGCAACCAGGAGGGAAGUUUCAGAUGUAAACUGCACCGGGAAGAGGUGGAGCAGCUCAGGAGGGAGGUGGAGCAGCUCAGGAGCCAACUGAUGAUGCAGGAAGAGGAUAUGUACCAACAGCAGACAGAGGUGAGGGAAACGAGGAGGCAGUAUGAACGUAGCAGCAAGACAUUGGAGAGCCUUGCGGAUUCCUGCUGUACACAUCGUUGCAACCUGGACAGGACGGUCUCGCAGCACGAGCAGACACGGCUGGAUGUACGGGAACUGAGGCUGACAGUAUCUGAACUGAAGGAUAGUGUGAGAGAUCUGGUUCUGAGAGACAGACUCCCCACGACUGCAGAUGUGCCACAGAAAUCAAUGGCAGCCGUUUCCGUGGAGAUGAGCCCCCAGAGACGGUUAUUGUCAAGGUCGGACUCGGAGGAUGGCUUUAGCCCCACCCCUAGCCUUGGGGAGGUGAGCUCAGACGACCUGGACACGUCUUGGCUGGGAGAAGCAGCCCCGAAAAUGAGAAGCCAUGAAGAAGACACAUAUUUGAGCCUGGAAGUAAGUGACAUCAGCGAAGCCGGGAGUGGCCUUGGCAACAACCGUGAUGACAAGGGUAGCGAGGUGGAAGGCGUUUCGGACAGUUCUCCAGACCUCAGUCUCAGUGACCUUUAAUGGAAACGGAAAGCAAGCAAUGAUUUAACAAUCGCCAGUGCAAAUGAUCACCAAUUGCUGUUUAAUAAUCAGUUGGUAAAAAAUCACUGGAAGGCCUGACCCACUGAGGAACCUUGCUUUUAAGACACGCAGAGCUUGUCUUAAAUCUGUGUGAGUAGCUGUGGGGUCAACAGUGUCUGCUUAUUAAAUGGAACAUUUCACACCAUCUGUGAUUGACGGGUGUCACGAAUGCACCAAGUCUCUUUGUGCUCCAGCCUCAGCGGAGCUACAGCAGAUGUGUUGGCACACCUCCAGCACUUAAUUUUGUUUGGUUUUGUUUGUAAGCCGAGGGUGAGAGUUGGAAGAGGAGAUCGUGAGUCUGGCUGGUAACACCCCAGACAUCUAGCUGCUUUUCAUUUAUGCUGUCAGCACCGUGGAGUCUACACUAAGGUGCUUGAUGGUGGUUUGCUUGGUUCAGUAACAGAGUGGUGGGAUUUCAUUGUCAGCUUCUUUUCAGCAUGAAUCGAGCCUAAUGGAGAAUGAUACUAUGGAAGAAGCUUGGAGCUCUCAUGUUCACUCUUGCCCUCUGUCUCUGUUCACUCGCUUUUGCAUGAUGAGUAACCAUUACUGCCAGAGGCUGUCGCAUAUUUUGGUAGUGAUGAGGCUGCAUCAGACACCCCCCCCCCACAGAGCACCACAGCUGUGUGUGUGUGUGUGUGUGUGUGUGUGUGUGUGUGUGAGAGAGAGAGAGAUAGAAAGUGUGAUUGGUGGGUCUAAUAGACAGUUUUAGUUAAAUAACUAAGAACCAUAUCCUGUUGCCAAUAAAAGAUUACAAAUGAGCCUUUUGCAGUGUUAUGCAAAUGUUGGUUGGGUUGUUGAUUGGACUAUAUUAAUUGGUUGUCAAGUGUUGAUGUAUUUUCACUAUAUCAAGUAUUUUCACUAUAUUAAGUGUGUUGAUACAUAUAGAUAUAACUAGAUAGCUUGAGUACGUAUGUUGGUAUAUUUUUAGGGGGAAACAAUUACAUUCUAGUAAGAGUUCAUAUCUUGCAAGUUUUCAUGUUUGUGUCAGAUGUCUGUCAGGUGAAAUCUCGAAAACGAUUUUUUUUUUUCUGACUUUUAAUAAUUUAAAAAAAACAUCUGAAACAUCAACACAAAAAGGUAUAAUUACUAUACGAAACAGCACUUUGGGCACAUAUCACCUGAAGCAUCAAUUGCAAAAAAACCCAAACAAAAUGACCAUAACUAUUGAGUGAUCUAAAAAAAAGUCGAAGAAAAAAAGGUAGUUGUGUUGGUAUAUUAGCCUUAAUAAAGGUGGGUCCUAGUUUUUCGUUUAAACUGGAAUGUGAAACAGACCAGAGGAAUAUUCAAUCAGCUGUAGCAAAAUGCUAGUUUUGUUUGUGAGAUUUUACUAAAGGCUGGUGGGCUGGAAUGUGACGUGUAAGACUGUAUGGUGAGAAACAGAACCACAUGAGCCAAACCUUAAUAAUGCACAAGGUGACACCGAAAUGCAACAUAAGGUUUUUCAGCUGUCCACAACUGCAGUUCCUACAGUAACGGUGCUCGAGCGACCCUCGUCUUCCUCUGCUCCAAGCGAUUGCGUCCUGCUAGAUCUUAAGCAAUCACAACCGAAUCAGCUGCACAUAGAGAGACAGGGAUGGUGGCAUGGUCUUGCAAGUGUCCUGUGUGUGCUGCUUGGUCAGUCUCUGUUGUCCUGAGUCCAGCUCUUAUGAUCGCUCCCACUGCCAUAGGACGAGCACUCACUCGUGCACUGUGAAUGCAGGUCAGACUUGAGGCCACAUUCCACACAGUGCUGAUUUGGGACUGAAAUGGAAUGACGGACGCUUCUAAUUUGGUAUUGUCUUUAAGUGUGAAACCAAUCUAGCUUUGGUGCUCUAGUCAACGCUAAGCAAGCAAUGCCGUGGGAGCUUUGAAAAAUGUGCUGUUACAUCUGAUAUAAGUGAUCCUUACAAGAGUAAGAUGAUAAGGAAUCUGUUUUCCUUCAAGCGCCAAACAAGCAAAGCCCACAAAGUCAUCUGACAGCUUUGAAAGCUUCUGACAACAGCACGAUCCUGACUCUCCUCAAUAAGCGUAAGCCAAGAACUACCAUAUGGUGAGGCAUCAGAACCCAGCAGUGAAUGGAAACCUCCUUUUUAUGGGGGUGAUCUAGACUUGAUUUGUUCUGGUAGGGAGACACUGGUAUGUGUGGUUGUGCCUGCAGCCCACUUCAUCAACACCGAUUCAAACUUGAGAAAGUGGAACUGCCUGCUCAAGAGGUGAUUCAGGCUCAGAAACCAAGCACCACUUGUGUUCAUUAAAUAAUUACACACUAAUGAUAAAAUAUUUUGAUGACUAUAAGCCACUUUCCUCCCAUAUCAUCUUGAGUUUUAAAUUUUGGCUGUUUACAGUGAUAAUGUAAAAAAAAACAAGAUAAUUUAAUCAUGUUUCCUAGGUUACUCUUCCUUAUCGGUUCCUUAUUUCAUAGGCAUUUAAACUCUGUUUUUUCUGUUUUAUUACUAAUCAAGUGGUAGUCAUACCUUUACUGUUGCAAAAACCGUGAACUUUUCAAUUAAAUUUGUUAGUUUUCCUUACACAUCUGAGCAGAACAGAUCAAAGGCUGCAUUGCGUGUCCUACUAAAGAGAUCAUUAAAAGCCACGUCAUCUGUAGCAACCAACAAUAAAACCACAAAGGCAUUCACUAAAAAAGCAAUUAAACAGACUAUAGUUUUAAUAUAGUGAUUCCAUUUACAUCUGGACUGGAGCUUUGAUAUUCUGUGGAAAAGGCACACUGCUCCUUUGAACAUUUAUUUUGGUUACCCCUACAUGACUGACAAAUAAACAAUGAUUCAGGUUUUUGGAUUCAAUCUGAUAAGAGAAAUUGUGACAUUGGUGUAAUGGGUUUCACUAAUGAACUUCCCCAUCAGAAGGAAGCAUUGAUGGGACUGUGUUUAAAUAGACUCAUUCACCCUCAGUGUGAGGGAUUUGAAAUAGCACUAGACUAAGUCUCUCCUUUGCUCAGUCUACCAUACUCAUUUUCCUUCUUUCAAAGAAAUAAUAUAAAAUAUUAACUUUAGCCCAGGAAACUGAGUUACCAUCCUUGUUUAAAAUGGCGUCACCCCCUACCCAGCACUGGCUGACACAGCCCCUCAAAAAGGGACAGCGGCCACUAAAGCAAAAAAAAAAAAAA